UGGAUUAAGACAGAAACAGAAACCAGAAUUAGUCCAAACAAAGUCAGUUGGUAAGAAAAAGCAAAGCAGAAACAGUGUUAGUUCUUAGUAGUUGGCCAAUCCAUUUCCACUACAAGAAUUGCAACACCCCCAACCAAACUACCAUGAAAACUACACUCUUACUAUCUCAUUCCAACCUCAUUUUAUAACUUCUAUUCACACACCACAUUGCUGAACCACCUGUACCUAUACACCCUCCCUCAAGAACUUAUACCAAUGCAAGAACACUGCUCCUACUACUACUCAUCUUUUCCAAUGGGGAAGGCUUCAAGAAUCAUGAGAAAAUCAAUCUUCACUUUCCUUCAAAAUUUCCAAUUCUUCACCUCAGCUCCAUCACUCCUCGCCGUCCCUUUCGCCGUCUCAGCUCUGCUCUCACAGCCCCUAGUCUCAUCUUCGUCCCUCUUCCCGUUAGUCCACGGUCGCUUAAGAUCAGUUUUUCUCGCUGCAGGCUUCCCUCCCUCGUCGGAACUAUUCGCCAUUCUCAAUCUCAAGCUCUCCCAAACUGUUCUUUCGUUUCUUAUCGUCUUGCCCUUUACCCUCUCCUUCCUCCUCCUCGCCAAGGCCUCCGUUAUAAGAGCCCUCGAGCAUCAAAAAACAGCUCAAAGACAUGCUUUCUUUUCUUGGGUUAUGAUCUUCAAUCCCCUCUUCAUCACCCAACUCUGCAACUCAUUGUUCAUCCUUUCGGUAAACGCCACUUGCUUCUGCCUCUUGAUCAUAUGUUUCAAUCUGUUUGACGCCGUAGGCCUUUCAUCUCAUGGACCGCUGCUGCUGCUAUCAGCAACAGGAGCUAUAAUCUACUCCAUCAUUCUUGCCAAUGCCUACAUCAUAUGUAAUCUGGCACUGCUCGUUUCGGGAAUAGAGAGGCAAGGUGGGUUCAACUCGAUUCUCAAGGCUUGUGUUCUGAUCCGGGGCAGAACCGCAACUGCUCUCUCUUUAGCGGUUCCGAUCAACAUGGCCUUGGCUGCAGUUGAAGCUCUGUUUCAGUACCGUGUCGUGAGAGCAUACGGACGAGCUAUGGCUCCCGAUUCGUCCAUAGUCUUGGAGGCGAUGCUCAUUGCUUACGUGUAUGCUAUACUACUUGUUCUUGAUACAAUUCUUGGUUUUGCAUUCUUGAAAAGCUGCAAACCGGAUUACCAGAUCGAUGAGAUAGAAAUCCAGGAAAGAAACAACAAGUCUCUCGGGAAAAUUAAGAGGUUAGAAUUGCUGCUGUAGUUGCUUUUCUCAGUGAUAAAUCACACAGAUUCCCCACACAAUAAAGUUAGAAACAGUGAUAAUUUUCUAUACUGUCGAUAGAGGAAAGUUUUGGUAAUUUCUGCAGAAAGAUGUGUAUUGGAAUUGGUCUGCCAGAGAGUUCAAACGGAACGACAGAACGUAAGAGGAUCAUCACAUCUUUGUUCAUUCUUUCACUUUCCAGCAGCAUAGUUCCCCAGUUGGGAAUUGCCAAAAAGAAAUUGUAGAUUCUGUAAGUAACUUUUAGCCAAGUUUGUAUGAAAAAAGCAACGGCAAUGGCAGCUUCUUUCGACUUUCUUGAUAACGAUGUUGUAUGAAGUGAUACCGCUUUAGCAUACCAGAAAGAAGCAGAAACAGUCCCUAUGAUGAAUGGUUUAAGGAAUGGAGUUGCACUUUUGUUACCAGCUAUAAAUUUUAGCUCAAAACGUAAAAUCUUCAGACCUGCACUAACAUAAUCAUCUGAGUAUCUCAUGGUAAUGGGCAUUGUUUUUGUUCAUGCCAACAAAACUCAGAAUUUAUAAUUUGUUAAGGUUGUCGGAUUUCUUUGAUCACAAUUGUAACUAGAAACUUUGAGGUUUGGUGUGUUGUGUAAGGAAAACUCCCAACCAAGUCA